AUGGAGAGGUCCAUUAAACUUGCAUUAGUAAUGGCUGUUAUCUCCAUCCUGGUGUCUUAUGAACCAGUGGAAGCGUGGUACAAGCAAGUUGCUGGCCCGAGCUACUACUCUGUUGGCAGGGCGUCAGGCUUGCUGUCUGGUAUCCGGCGAUCACCGUACAUCAAAAGGGCUGAGUCCGAGUUGAAUGACAGCAGAGAUUCUACAGUGAACAGCGUGCUUCCAGACAGCAGCAAUCGUCAAAAUUCGGUCCUCAAAACUAUGCCUAUUUGUCUUAAAGAUAUUACACCCAAUCUGCAAAGCUGCGAACUUGCCCUGGACGGCACCGGCUAUUUCCAGUGUAAAGCAGACGUGCUCGUGUCUCUGGACUCAUCGGACUGUGUGCACGCCUGAACCCACGCGCCAAGUUCUGACAAAUGAACACCAAGGACUGACUGAUGGUAUACAAGAUUUGAUUUAUACGUUUUCCUGUCUUCAUUUUACAUUCUUAUUAAGUGUUCAUACAUUUUCUUUCAAACGUUUACUUGCACUUAUCUUUAAAAUAUCUACAUGUUAUGUCUAAGAAUGUACUGUACAUACGUGAAAUGAGUACGUUGGUAAUUAUUAAAUUAAACUUACAUUGCACCUACAUUGUCUGUGGC